GUUGAUCCAGCCGUCUUGGGGAGGACUUGACCUCGCUGGUAGGGGGUUGAGCUAUUCGAUCGUCGGAGGUGCUGCGGCGAGUUUCGAAGAUGUGGAAAAGGCGAUUAGGUGGAUGUAUGCGGGCAUGGAUCCGCUAAGCAUUGGUGAAGAAAGCAUGAGGGAGCUGAGUCGGAAGAAGUCGAAAGGAUCCA